UUCGUUCCUUUCAUCAGUCGCGUCUGACAACCUGUUGCGUGUGGGACGCCGUUUUCAUUCGAAUUCGGUUCAUUCAUCUUUUUUUUAACAUUUUUGGUUUCGCAUCAUUUUUUUUGGUUGCGUUUUGAUGUUUUUUGAUUUUCCGCGGCCGUACCGAUUCCAGCGCCUACUUCGGAGUGUAUUUCCGGUGACCGGGGGCAUGUGGAAGAAAUUUCGAGACCGUUUUGAGUGAAGAGAGUGCAGAUCGAGUGUGAAAUUUGGAAUAACAUUUUUUUUUUGCUUCUUGGGGUGAGAGGAGAAAUCGCCGUCGUGGGUCUCGCAAGAAAUGGCGACUUCGGCUGCUGCUGCUAAGGCAACGACCAAGAUGAAACCAACAACAACAGCGGUCGGGGGUGCUGCGGGGUUUUUAACCGGCGGAGGUGCCGAUUUGGGACCGCGGAAGGCUCCGAUCGUGUCCGCCGGAACGGAUCAGGACGAGCUGGACAUGUUCCUGAGCGAAAUUACGGUCCAGUUUGACGACGAGGUGCAAACGCUGUACGUGGGCCCAGUUGAAAUAGUGGACGAUGACGAGAAGAACGGCAAGAAGGGACCGCCGAAGGGAACUUCCGGCGCUGUUGCGGCAGGACCCGCGAAGGUUCAGGGGAAGGUAAACGAUGACGUCACGAAGUCGGCGGCGAAAGCAUCGGACGCCAACGGAGCAGAAGCGGUCACGGCAAGAAAAACAAAGCAAGCCGAGGAGGAAGCGGUGGGUGGUGCUGGUGAUUCCGGUGGGAGGCAGGAGGAGAGGGUGGCCAAAGAGGUGGAUUCAGCAAAUGACGGCCGUCCCCAUCGUUUGACAGAAGCAGUGGCAGCAAGCAGCAGCAGUUCUGUUGUUAUUGAUCCGAAAAACGAUGGAGAAAAUUGCCAGACAGAAAAAGAUCUGAUAGAUCCUACGUUAGAAAAAACACCAGCCAAGGUCGCGUCCAUCGCACUUGCCGCAAAGCCAACGGCCAUAAUCUCGCCAAGCACAAAGCGCAAAUCGCCGACGCAACCGGAAGAGGAAGAACCAGCUGCACCCCGAAACCCCACCACCCACCAGUCGCAGCGAAUAAGCAAGCGACUAAAGUUGACACAACCAAUCAAGGAGGAAACCAUCAAAUCGGCACCACUUCCGGAGAAAACCGAGCAGGAAGAUCGCACCGAGUCGGUCAGCGAAGAGGACAAUCCACCGCCGGAAGGUGAGCUGAUCGUGCCGGACGUGCUACCUGGACAGCAACAGCAGGAGGAGGAAGAGGCGCAGGUCGUGUACGAGGUGGUUGUACCGUACGACAAGGACUCAUCGCCGGCCGGAAGCGAUAGCGGGAUUGAGAACGAAGGCGCCGAGCAGCUGAGCAAGGCUGCUGUGUUGGAGGUGCUGCCAGCACAAGAAGAAAACGACGACGACGGCGAGACUGUUGUUGAACACAUUCCAGAGGAUUUGACUGAGCAGCAGGAGAGCGAGAAUACUCAACAGGAGGAGGAGGCCCCGGAAGAGGGAAAGGGCGGUCGCGUGAUCAAGUGCGCGAAAUGUGUAAUGUCCUUUAAGCACGUGUUGUGGUACAAGAAGCAUCUGAUGAAUUACCACGGGAUCGAUUUGAGCAACAUUGCUCACUUUCUGUCGAAUCUGCAAACGCUGGACGAGGGUAUCCAGGGUGGGGAGGGCCAGGACGAUGUCGAGGAAGAGUAUGCGGAUUUCCAGCUGGAAAAGACUGGCCAGGAAGAGGGCGAAACAGUGAACGAAACCGAAAAGACUGACAACAGCAGCCAGCAGCUACAAGCGGAUGGCGUCGCUAGAUUGCGUCAAGAGCAGGAAGCAACUCCCUCAACUCCGAGUCCCAACACGCUGCAAAUGUACCCGGAGGUCAAGCUGUCGACGAGUGGCAAGUCCAAGCAGCAGCAGCAGCAACAGCAGACUCGACGACGCAAGGAGAAGCAUGUUCCCAUCAACGCGGACGCCGACAUGAAGAUCAAGCACGAGUUCGUGGCAUCUUCGCCGGCUUCGUCGACGAUGGUUCAGUCGGACGAAUCUGCCAGCGGUUCGCAGCCGUUGCUCGACAACGUGUUUGUGGUGAAAUAUCUUGAGCAGGCAGCAUUCAUGGCCGGAGCACCCAAUUCGAACGUCCUGCUCGGGUUGCCCGAUGGCCAAGGAAAGAGCAACAAGCAAAACUCAAAACUGGCCGAUCCGCUGGCGACCGAUGGCUCCGAAGACACGGACGGGUUAACUCCGUAUGAGCGGGCCAAAAUCGUGACCUUGCCGACGGAAGACGGGCCACAGUUUACCUGUACCGUUUGCGAAGCGGUCUUCGACGAGCGUCAAGCCGCCCAGGAUCACGUCAACUUCGUCCACAAGGACGUGAAGCGGCGCAGCUGCCCCCACUGUGGUCGCACCUUCACCCAAACCGGAGAUCUGACCCGACACGUGCGCAUCCACACCGGCAUUCGGCCCUUCAAGUGUCCCUACGAGGGCUGCUCGUUGGCGUUCAUUUCGUCCGGCGAUCUGCACAAACACGUCCGCCGCCACCAGCAGAACGUCCCGAAGCCGCACGUUUGCGGCACCUGCGGCAAAAGUUUCGAGCGCAACUUUGACCUCAAACGGCACAGCUCGAUGCACGCGAUGGACGAUCCGAACUUUACCGGGUUUGGCUGCGAGCUGUGCGGGAAGGUUUUCGCGCGGAAGGACCAGUACCGCGCCCACACGUACCGCCACAUCGGCUAUAAGCCGCACAAGUGCCAGCAGUGCGGCAAGAGCUUCUCGGACUCGUCCAACUUUGCCAAGCACCAGAAGACACACGAGAUGGACGGGCUCAUCCUGAUCUGCGACCACUGCAACAAACCGUUCAAGAACAAAACUGGCAUCUCCAAGCACGUGCUGCACUGCAAGUACAAACACAAGAAGCAGCAGGACGGAAACGCGGAGAAAACGCCGCGGAAAAAGUACGUCAAGAAGGAGGUCGAUUCGUCGAUUGAGAUUGGCGAGACGAGCCUGCAGGCGCACUGCUAGGGCGAUCGAACCUGCUCUCGUCCCCUCAUUUUUUUUAGGUUUUAUCAGAGCACAGUGUGGAGCAGCUUACUUAAUAUAAUUUCUCGGUUUACUGUCGGUGGUAUUUUCCAACUUUAUGUUUUAGUUUUAGGUGUGUGUUUUUUGGAUUGAUUUUUUUCUCCAAGCUCGCAUAUUUUGUAUUUAUAUUUUUUUUCUCGAUAUAAAAAAGCAAAAUCUUAAUGAUACGAUCAGCAAUAAAUGGAUAUUUAAUGAGGAAACCGAAUCAUGAUAUACGCAACAAUUUCCAAGAAAUGUAAAAUUUCCAAUAAUUUAAUUUAAAGCAUUACACUCAUUAGCUGUGCGGUGAACCCUUCCCUGCAAAGGCAUCUUUUACUAAGUUAAAUAUCAUUUCCUAAUCGUAUAAAUAGCGCAGAGACAAGAACACAUAAAA